AUGGUGAGAUCAAUCAUCUGAUUACAGACAAAAAAAACCAAAAAACAAUACUCAUCCACAUUGUAUGAUAAGUCCAUGGGCUUAAAAACAAAUGACAUUAAAUGACAAAUGUACUUUUAUUCCCUAAAAUGUAACUCAUAUAACUUUACCUGAUUCUAUACUGGCAAAUUUUGGUCCAAAAUACGAAGGUGGUCCAGAAACACAGACCCUGUCCCCGUCCACUUUUCUUGCAUUCAGCAGAAUUGGCCUGUUCAGAUGUGAGUUUGUGUUCAGCAGACUGUGCGUGGCUCUUUACAGAUUGUUCAGUGAAAUGUGAAUUGCCUGGACCACUUCAGUCACGUAAUUCACAGGAGCGGAAAGAUAACAGAAUCACAAAUAAAGGCAAAGGGGAAGGAAGACCCUCUCUGCGUCUCUCAGGGCCAAAUCAUCAUCGUCACAGUCUUUAUUUUCUUUUAUACAUCAUUAAAGACACUGAAAACUGACCAAAGUGGAUGUGAAACUGGAUUCGGACACCGGUCAACUUGGAUUCUUAAACAGCUUCAGUUCAGUUUCUAGCACCUCGUACGACCAGGAUCUGCAUCCUCAUCACCGUGGCAACCGCAUCCAGGACAUUCUAAAUCCAGGUUGUAGGUCUCAGAGUCCACGAUGCUGUACUUCCAGGUGGUGAUUUUGGCCGCUACAGUCAUGCUGGUUUAUUACUGUGAGUUCACGGACACGUUCAGUCCCGCACAGCAGGGCUUCAUCUGCAGAGACCCGGCUUUAAGUAAACCUGAUCCUGGACCGGAACAGGACAGCCGCAUACAGCCGGUCAUACUGUACUCUGUGGUGGGUGGACUGCCUGUAGUGCUGAUUUCAGGUGUAGAAUUAGUUAUCUUCCUCCUCCACCACAACUCAAACAACCUUUACGACCAAGAUAAGGUUGUUGUUGUGGGCGACUGUUGCUAUGUGAACCCCAUGGUGCGGAGGACCUUCCGUUUUCUCGGUGUCUAUGUGUUUGGUCUGUUUGCCACUGACAUCUUUGUCAACACCGGUCAGCUGGUCACAGGAAGUCUGGCUCCUCACUUCCUGGCCGUUUGUCAGCCCAAUUACACCGCCCUAAGCUGUCAGGACACGGUCCAGUUUAUCAGCCAAUCAGACGCCUGCAACGGUGACACUGAAGACAUCAUGAGGGCCAGAAUGACGUUUCCCUGCAAAGAGGCCGCUCUCAGUCUGUACACAGCUGUUUACCUGGCAAUGUACGUCAUGUCUUGUGUUGGCUCCAGGGGAGGUCGUCUACCAGGACCCCUCCUCAGUCUCUCAUUGGUCAGUUUGGCGAUGCUGACAGGCUUCAACAGGGUGGCAGAAUACAGAAACCACUGGAGUGAUGUCAUAGCAGGACAAACCAUCGGUGGUGCUAUUGCUGUUUUCUUGGUGGUGUUUGUGGUUCAUUUUUUCCGAGAGAGACCUGUGAUCAGUCAGAGUCCAUCAGAUGUGGGUACAAUCAACACCGACGAGCCUUCGCCACAGAUCAAUCACACCAUGGAGAGCACUGACAAAUACAAUGUUGCACAGAGUCCAGAAUCCUGCAAUGAAGUCACAUGACUAUGAACCCCCUCCUGAGAAAAGGACUCAGGGUGAACUGCUGUGCUUCCACAUGAGUGCAACAACAUUUUCUUGCUUAUAAAAACAUUUUUGUAGUCCUCUACACUGAUUUUAAGUCAUUAAAAAAUAGAAAUCAGUCUUUACUCUAAAAGUCUGCAUUAAAAUGGUGCAAGUUCAACAUCUACAUGCAUCUCAGUUAGUUUCACUGUAUAAUAUAGACACACAUUGUCUCUGUGAAUAGUUUGAUUUGAAAUAUAGAGAUAGGCUACUUGUGUUUUGUUGUCUUUCUAAGCACUUUUAUGUGUUUGCUGUUCAGAAAGUUCACUGCUGGUGAAUAGGUGUUGAGUACAGUGUUGUGUUUGCUCCAAACACAAAGACCCAGUUUACACUUGGUUUUAUGUGACACAUUUCCAUUUGUCUCCAUCAAACAACCCUCCUCUAUUCAGCUAUUGUUACCGUCUAUGACACUUCAGCUAAAAGGGCAAACUAAAAAAAUGUCAGAUCAUUAUUUCUCUUCAAUUUAGAAGCUAAUCUUUGGUUCAUAGUAAAACUGAAUGACCCAGAGGCCUCUUUGUGGUUGUAGUCUGAGUAUUACCAAACUGCAGUCGAGAAAUCUAGAGGCCAAACAUUUUAAAACAAUCAUAAUGAUUAAAUGAUUGUUCAAUAUAAAAUAACUAAACACUGACACAUUUUGCAAGUGCUUUACAGAGCAAACAAAGUAAACCCAAAAGACAGGGGUUUUCACAGUGACAGGAGGAGCUGACAUUGAAAGUCCUGUGCACAUGGAUUUCAUCAGUCUGACUCCAGACAGCAGCUUAGCUUUACACAUGCUUGAUAAGAAAACUGAAAUCUUUACAGGCUAUUCCAACUAUCAAAACAAAGAAGUGACACCAUGUCCUGCAGUGUUACAUCCUCAUCAGGGACAUAUAAAACAUGGAUAUUGCAACAUCUUGUUGCCAGUUCGUCUAAUGACUAGUUCCAAAAACCUCCUCUGAGGCUCAGCGAGCAAUGUUUGGUUGGACUGAACAGUGGCUGUGGUUUUUAUGGUUUUUAUGUCUGAUAUCCAGUUUUAAUAAAGCACCCAUAAACACUGUCUAAAGUGAGCAAAUAUCUAAAGGGGUUUUAGUGAUAUUUCAACCCCAAA